UUUCCGUCAUACCAGUUGUGUCCUCAAAAUUUUACAAAUUUUCUAUUUUACAAAAACGUCUGUGUUAACUUGUUUUUAUAAUAUUAUUUGUGAAAAAUGUGUAACCAGUAACUAAUAAGGAAAUAUUAACGUUUAGAAGGAAUUUGGAGUGUCAUGGAACGGUUUCCACUAAAGUCAUCUGUACCAAAGAUGGGAAGCACAUACCAGUCUGUUUAUAAGAAGGGCACAUCAGCUACAAACGGACGCGGUGUGCACUCCCCCAGCGAGGAUGACAUGGUAGACAUCACCGCCGGGCUGCAGCAGGCCGCGGACACCACUCCCACGAACCACGGGACCUUCCAGUUGUACGAGCACGGCGGGCGGAACUCUGCUGCUAGCGCCAACUCGUACAUCGCUCAGUACUUCAGUUCUUCAGCCGGGGACGCAAUUAUAUUCUCCGGGAUGCAAGGAGAUGACGACAUCCCUGGUAUUGGUCAGUAUGAUGACUUCCACACAAUUGACUGGCAACGGGACAUUGCCCGGGAUCGCAUGCGCCACAGAUAUAUUGUCAAGAAGCGGCAGGACUCAAUUUGGGAUCUAAUCAAGGGUGCACACGACGCAUGGUCAGGAUGGGUGUGCGUGCUGCUAGUGGGAGUAUGUACCGGCGUUGUGGCAGGCGUCAUAGACAUUGGAGCGUCGUGGAUGACAGAUCUGAAGUUCGGAAUAUGCCCUCAAGCAUUUUGGUUCAACAGGGAACAGUGUUGUUGGUCUAGUAAUGACACGACUUUUGACCAUGGAAAUUGCUCACAGUGGAAAACGUGGCCGCAAGUGUUCGGGGAGUCUCGCGAAGGCGCCGGCGCAUACGUCAUCAGCUACCUGUUCUACAUUGCCUGGGCGCUAGUAUUCGCCGCUUUAUCCGCCUCACUCGUGCGCAUGUUCGCGCCUUAUGCUUGUGGAUCCGGUAUCCCUGAGAUCAAGACAAUCCUGAGCGGUUUUAUAAUCCGCGGCUACCUGGGCAAGUGGACUCUCAUCAUCAAGGUCGUGGGCCUUAUCCUAUCGGUGUCAUCAGGCCUCUCCCUAGGGAAGGAAGGCCCUAUGGUGCACAUUGCCAGUUGUCUUGGCAACAUUCUAUCGUACCUGUUUCCGAAGUACGGUCGCAACGAGGCGAAGAAACGCGAGAUUCUCUCUGCGGCGGCCGCGGCCGGCGUCUCGGUGGCUUUCGGGGCACCCAUCGGUGGAGUCCUCUUCAGUUUGGAAGAGGUGUCCUACUACUUUCCACUGAAGACGCUGUGGCGUUCGUUCUUUUGCGCUCUGAUCGCCGCGUUCAUACUGCGCUCGAUCAAUCCGUUCGGCAACGAACAUUCGGUGUUGUUCUUCGUGGAGUACAACAAACCCUGGAUAUUCUUUGAGCUGAUACCCUUCAUCGGACUCGGGAUUAUUGGUGGUUGCAUAGCCACGAUCUUCAUAAAGGCGAACAUCUACUGGUGCCGCUACCGCAAAUACUCCAAGCUGGGCCAGUACCCGGUGACGGAGGUGCUGGUGGUGACGCUGAUCACGGCGGUCAUCGCGUACCCCAACCCCUACACGAGGAUGAACACGAGCCAGCUGAUAUACCUGCUGUUCAACCAGUGCGGCAUCUCCAAUACUGAUCCCAUGUGUGACUACAGCCGCAACUUCAAAGACGCCACGUCCGCCGUGAGGAAAGUAGCCGGCGACGGGGUGUACCAGGCCAUGUGGCAGCUAGUGCUGGCCCUCAUUGUGAAGUUGGUCAUGACAGUGUUCACUUUCGGCAUCAAAGUGCCGUGUGGGCUCUUCAUACCUAGUUUAGCACUCGGAGCCAUCGCUGGCAGAAUUGUGGGAAUUGGUGUGGAGCAACUGGCAUCAGACCCGAACAACUGGCUGUUCUCCGGGGAGUGCUCCACCGGAGACGACUGCAUCACGCCGGGGCUCUACGCCAUGGUCGGCGCGGCGGCCGUGCUGGGCGGAGUCACCAGGAUGACAGUGUCGCUAGUGGUGAUAAUGUUCGAGCUCACGGGCGGCGUGCGGUACAUCGUGCCUCUGAUGGCGGCCGCGAUGGCUUCCAAGUGGGUCGGCGACGCGCUGGGGCGGCAGGGGAUAUAUGACGCCCACAUAGCACUGAACGGGUACCCGUUCUUGGACAGCAAGGACGAGUUCCAGCACACGUCGCUAGCGGCGGAUGUUAUGCAGCCGAAACGUAACGAGACGCUCUCAGUCAUCACUCAGGACUCGAUGACAGUGGACGACGUGGAGACUCUUUUGAAGGAGACCGAACACAACGGAUAUCCGGUCGUGAUCUCCAAGGAGUCUCAAUAUUUGGUCGGCUUCGUGCUGAGAAGGGACCUCAACCUGGCAAUAGCUAACGCCCGCCGCACUAUCGAAGGCAUUACCGGCCAAUCGGUGGUGAUCUUCGCGGGCACAAACCCCCCACCCGGGCCUCCCCCCUACUUGCCCCUGAACAGGAUCCUGGACAUGGCGCCGAUCACAGUCACCGACCAGACGCCGAUGGAGACGGUCGUCGAUAUGUUCAGAAAACUCGGCUUGCGGCAAACGCUGGUCACGCAUAAUGGUCGACUACUCGGCGUUAUCACCAAGAAGGACGUGUUGCGACACGUCAAACAAAUGGACAACGAGGAUCCCAGCUCUGUGCUGUUCAACUGAUACUUUGGCCAGCCCGGCUGGUUCUGUCCGGACUUCUAAGCCCACUCCACUAAGAAUGGGAUUGUAUUUAGCAAAAACCUAACUCUUUUAGUGAUUUAUUUGCUGCUGGGAAGUGUAUUGAGGUGUACUCUCCAAUUAGAUGAAUUUAGGACAUAUGUGUUUAUUGUGUAUCAUCGACUGCCAAAGUUUAAUCGCCUUAGUUUGUAUAAAAAAACAUUUCUAAGUCUUUGCGACAUUUCAAAUCCAAGGCAAUCCGUUAUAAAUUAAUUUGGGAUCGUCAAAGGUUGAUUUUUUUU